AGACUGAGAGGUGAUGGAGGGCUGGUGGGUCCACCGCCCCUCCCAGCUGGCAGUGACCUCAGCGCCCGCACCGCCUGGGAGCAGGCCCAGGCCUUUCUCCUGUAGUGGCCCUGACAAGGACCCUUAAUGCCAUUUGCAGCCUCUUUGUUGAUGGAGCCACUUCCUCUGCCAGUUCCUGGCCUGUCCCUCCCCUUUCUUCCAGCCCCCGCCAUCCAGGUUUUUCCUCUGAUUGUUCUUACAGUGACCUGCCGCUUCCCUGCUGGGGUCGAGUCUCUUCAUCCCCGUCUACAGGCUCCCUGUGGCCAUGGGGCCACCAGCUUCUAGCUCCCAGGAUUUUCAUCUCCAGGUGGCCCCCGACCCCAGCUCGUGCCAGUUCUGAUAGUGGGGUUCCUCAUUCCUUAAUGCCACGGCCUUGCCCCCGUAUCUGCUGUGCCCUCAGUGUCUCAUCCACCUGCCGGCUCUAAUCUUAUCUGGUGUCCAGGGCUGGGGCAGGGGAGCCCCUCAUUCUCACCCAGUCUUUCCUGCCCCACCCUCAGGAUCUGGUCAAGUGGGGACAGUGGCCCUUAGUGCACAGGGCCCGUCUGCUGUGGGUCCCCGAAGGCCUGUGGUAUUCCCAGCAAACCUGUCAGAAUUGCCCCUCGGUUAUGCAUCAUAACUCACCGUAGGACAUCCCCCAGCACGUGUAGCAGCUUUUCUAACCUGCCACUGUCCCUACAGCUAGCCCCCUGGUCCCACCAGCUAUUGAAUUCCAGGCUGCUUGCCUGGGACAGGACCCAUUAUAGGCUGAGGCUCACCCCUCACCCAGGCCCCUCUCAGAACCCUGUCUAGUGGCCAGACAGGGUUGUCAGCUUGCCCCUGCCGAAGUGGAGGGAUCUCUGUGGACAGAUGACCAUACACUGCUGCCAGCCGAGGGUCCGCAGAAGACCACGGGCCCCUCUGCGGGGGCGGGAUGUGGGAACGCCUCUGGUUCCUGCUCCUCACCUUCACCUUUGGCCUCACACUCACCUGGCUCUACUUCUGGUGGGAAGUCCACAAUGACUACGAUGAAUUCAACUGGUACCUCUACAACCGCAUGGGCUACUGGAGUGACUGGUCUGUGCCCAUCCUCAUGACCACAGCUGCUGCCUUCACCUACAUCGCGGGCCUCCUGGUCCUGGCACUAUGUCACAUCGCCGUGGGGCAGCAGAUGAACCUACACUGGCUGCACAAGAUGGGGCUGGUGGUCAUCCUGGUGUCCACGGUGGUGGCCAUGUCGGCCGUGGCCCAGCUGUGGGAGGACGAGUGGGAGGUGCUGCUGAUCUCCCUGCAGGGCACAGCGCCAUUCCUGCAUGUGGGGGCCCUGGCUGCCAUCACCGCGCUCUCCUGGAUUGUGGCAGGACAGUUCGCCCGUGCAGAGCGGUCCUCCUCCCAGGUGGCCAUUCUCUGUAUCUUCUUUGCCAUGGUAUUUGCCUUCUACCUGGCCCCUCUCACCAUCUCAUCUCCCUGCAUCAUGGAGAAAAAGGACCUGGGCCCCAAGCCUGCCCUCAUUGGCCACCGUGGGGCUCCUAUGCUGGCCCCAGAGCACACACUGAUGUCCUUCCGGAAGGCCCUGGAGCAGAAGCUGUAUGGGCUACAGGCUGAUGUCACCAUCAGCCUGGAUGGCGUGCCCUUCCUCAUGCAUGACACCACCCUGCGGCGCACCACCAACGUGGAGGAGGAGUUUCCGGAGCUCGCCCGCAGGCCCGCCUCCAUGCUGAACUGGACCAUCCUGCAGAGGCUCAAUGCCGGCCAGUGGUUCCUGAAGACGGAUCCCUUCUGGACGGCCAGCUCUCUGUCACCCUCCGACCACAGGGAGGCCCAGAACCAGUCCAUCUGCAGCUUAGCAGAGCUCCUGGAGCUGGCCAAGGGCAAUGCCACGCUGCUGCUCAACCUGCGUGACCCACCACGGGAGCACCCCUACCGUGGCAGCUUCCUCAAUGUCACGCUGGAGGCCUUGCUGCGCUCUGGGUUCCCCCAGCACCAGGUCAUGUGGCUGCCUAACAGGCAGAGGCCCUUCGUGCGGAAGGUGGCUCCUGGCUUCCAGCAGACAUCAGGUUCCAAGGAGGCGGCCGCCAGCCUGCGGAGAGGCCACAUCCAGAGGCUGAACCUGCGCUACACUCAGGUGUCCCGCCAGGAGCUCAGGGACUAUGCGUCCUGGAACUUGAGUGUGAACCUCUACACGGUCAAUGCACCGUGGCUCUUCUCUUUGCUGUGGUGUGCAGGAGUCCCAUCUGUCACCUCCGACAACUCCCAUACCCUGUCCCAGGUGCCUUCCCCUCUCUGGAUCAUGCCCCCGGACGAGUACUGUCUCAUGUGGGUCACUGCAGACCUGGUCUCCUUCAGCCUCAUCAUUGGCAUCUUCGUGCUCCAGAACUAUCACUUGAUCAGGUGGCGCCUGGGUGGCAUUCGGAGCUACAACCCCGAGCAGAUCAUGCUGAGCGCUGCGGUGCGCCGGACCAGCCGGGAUGUCAGCAUCAUGAAGGAGAAGCUCAUCUUCUCAGCAGAGAUCAGCGAUGGCAUGGAGGUUUCCGAUGAGCUCUCUGUAUGUUCAGACAACAGCUAUGACACGUAUGCCAACAGCGCUCCCACCCCUAAGGACAACCGAGGGAGUGGCAGCCGCACCAAGACUCUCACAGACCAGAGUGGGCGUUAGCCGAAGACCUGUUUGUCCCAGCCUGUACCUGUACGUGGAAACCAGGGGACCCAAGAGAGCGGGCAGAAGCAUGUCUGGACCUGGAGUGCUCUGGGAGCUGGCUCCACGGCCUCCUCGUUGGCUCCGGCCCCCGUCAGCCAUGGCC